UAGCAUUUCUUUUACAACUUGUUGAGGAAAGUGGAUGGUUUUUUCUUUCCUUUUAAAAUUUUUAGUCGCAGUUUGCUUUGGAUGGGUAGACAGAGGUUGUGGAUGAGAUUAAAAGUCAGAUUCAGGCCAGCAGCGCGUGACGGUCCGUUCUGCCACCUUUCGGACUAUAACUCCGGCAGAGUAGAUCAGCGGGGCCCUCUGAGAAAGUUUUCGAUGUUGUGUCUUGUAUUAUGGCACAAUUUUGCUGCAGACCACUGUUCGUCUGGGCAGUCCAAGGGGUAAGGUGGUGCGUUGACCAGUGCCUCCUGAUCAACUAAUCCCUACUUUUGCAACACUGCCUGCAAGCUAUCGUCACUACAUUUGAUUAGAAUUUUUGAGAUGUGACAGCUUAGCUACUUAUGAUUCUAAAUACUUAUCAAGUGUGUGUGUGCGAACAAGUUUGUAAUUUAAAUGGUGGAGUUAUGUACAGUACUGAUGUAGGGAAGCUGUGAAUUUGUUUACAGAAUAAGAUUGUCAGCUCUUGUAUUCUUUGGCCAUAAUUUGUUGUGUUUUGCACGUAUAUUUCCCAUCAAUUUUGCUUCAGUAUAUGAUUAAACUUUGAGUGUUGGGUUGUUCAGGGUCACAAAGUUAUGUCCCAAACAUGAUCAGUGGAGCAGCUCAAGCAGAUAUUGGUGUUCUGGUUAUUUCUGCCCGUAAAUGGGAAUUCGAAACUGGAUAUGAGAGGGGUGUGCAAACCCGUGAACAUGUUCAGCUUGCAAAAACUUUGGGGUAUCUAAGCUGUAACAAAGUGGACGAUCCCACUGUUAACUGGUCAAAAGAAAGAUAUGAUGAAAUUGAAUCUAAGAUGAUACCAUUUCUGAGGUCUUCAGGCUACAAUGUGAAAAAAGAUGUCAAAUUCCUACCAAUAUCUGGUCUUCUUGGUUCCAACAUGAAAACGAGACUGGACAAGAGCAUAUGCCCCUGGUGGAAUGACCCCUGCCUCUUUAUAGUUCUUGAUGCAGUUGAAAUUCCUCCUAGAGAUCCAAAAGGUCCUUUUAGGAUGCCUAUAAUUGACAAAUUUAAAGACAUGGGAACUGUCGUGAUGGGAUAGGUUGAAUCUGGUACUGUGUGUGAGGGUGAUUCCUUAAUUGUCAUGCCAAACAAGGCUCAAGUGAAAGUUCUUGCCAUUUACUGUGAUGGAGAUAAGGCUACAUGUGCUGGACCUGGUGAAAAUCUGCAGGUUAUGUCAGCUGGAAUUGAAGAAGAGGACAUAUUAGUUGGUUUUGUCUUAUGUAGUGUUGGUAAGUGCUCUUAAAGAUUGUAAAAACUGAAGGCUCUCAUGUUUGAUCCCCCUAAAUAGGAAAUUAGAUUAUAGAAAGUGGAGUUAAAAAGUAAAUAGUAGGAUAAUUUGCAAAUUUGUUUGCAGAAAUAUGUCCCUUUUUUUGUAGUUUUUGACAGCAGCUGCAGAUCCUUGAGUUGCUUGACA